UUUGCGACCCGGGAAAAAGCGCGGGAAAACGUCUUGAUUGUGUCUUCCCUCCGCUCCCAAUCUUCUACUCACGCUAGUAGCAGUUUUUUCCAAACUCUCAUAACCUUCAUUCAAAGCGUCAACGCCAAAACCUUCGAUCUCGUUGGGGCAACGAUGAACGGCGAUGGUCGGCGACGUGACCGGAGAGACAGCAGAGCACCGAAGAAGCGGAAGCUGAACCGCAACCCCGAGGAUGAGCUCGAAGCUAAAUUAGGGUUCGAUCUGUUUUCAGAGGGUGAAAAACGGCUCGGAUGGCUACUCACUCUGGCAUCCUCAUCUGUUCAGGAUGAAAACAGUUACAAAGAAUACAGUUGUGUCGAUCUUUACUUUGUCACACAGGAUGGCUCUUCAUUCAAGUCAAAAUUCAGAUUUCGGCCUUACUUCUACGUAGCUACAAAGGAUAAAAUGGAGAUGGAUGUUGAAGCAUACCUGAGAAGACGUUACGAAGCCCGGAUUGCUGAUAUUGAAAUUAUAGAGAAAGAAGACCUGGAUCUUAAAAAUCAUUUAUCUGGAUUAAGAAAAUCUUAUUUAAAGCUUUCAUUUGAUACCGUACAACAAUUGAUGGAUGUGAAGAGAGACCUGAUGCCUUCUGUUGAAAGAAAUAAGGCUAAGUCUGAUACUGCAGAAGCUUUUGUAUCCAUGUCAACAGAAAGAAGAGAACAUAGACCUCAGGACUUUCUAGAUUGCUUGACUGAUCUUCGAGAAUAUGAUGUUCCUUAUCAUGUUCGUUUUGCCAUUGACAAUGAUAUACGGUGUGGCCAGUGGUAUGAUGUUGGAGUGUCCAAUAAUGGGGUUACACUUGAAAAGAGGACAGAUCUUCUGCAGCGUGCUGAAGUUCGAGUUUGUGCAUUUGACAUUGAGACCACAAAACUUCCAUUAAAGUUUCCUGAUGCUGACUAUGAUUUAGUUAUGAUGAUUUCAUACAUGGUAGAUGGUCAAGGGUAUUUAAUCAUAAAUAGGGAGUGUGUCGGGGAUGAUAUAGAGGAUAUAGAGUACACUCCAAAACCAGAGUUUGAAGGGUGUUUUAAAGUGACAAAUGUUCAAAAUGAGAUUGAGCUUCUUAGAUUGUGGUUCUCUCAUAUGCAAGAGGUGAAACCUGGUAUCUACGUGACAUAUAAUGGUGAUUUUUUCGAUUGGCCAUUCCUGGAACGAAGGGCAACCCAUCUUGGGUUCAAAAUGAGUGAUGAAUUAGGGUUCAAAUGUGACACAAACCAAGGGGAAUGUCGUGCCAAAUAUGCUUGCCAUUUGGAUUGUUUUGCUUGGGUUAAACGUGAUAGUUAUCUCCCUCAGGGGAGCCAAGGCUUGAAGGCUGUUACAAAAGCAAAGUUGGGAUAUGAUCCAUUGGAGGUGCAUCCUGAAGACAUGGUGCGUUUUGCAAAGGAAAAGCCUCAGAUGAUGGCCUCCUAUUCUGUUUCUGAUGCAGUGGCAACUUAUUACUUAUAUACAACUUAUGUUCAUCCCUUUAUCUUCUCUCUUGCAACCAUUAUACCUAUGCCACCCGACGAGGUUUUGCGCAAAGGUAGUGGAACCCUCUGUGAAAUGUUACUUAUGGUGCAGGCAUACAAGGCCAAUGUUAUAUGCCCUAACAAACACCAGUCUGAUCCAGAGAAGUUUCAUAAUAAUCAUCUUCUUGAGAGUGAGACAUACAUUGGUGGUCAUGUGGAAUGUCUUGAAAGUGGUGUAUUCAGAUCUGACAUCCCAUCUAGUUUUACAUUAGAGCCAUCUGGUUUUCAGCAACUGAUCAACAACCUUGAUCGAGAUCUACAGUAUGCUAUAACAGUGGAGGGUAAGAUGGAUUUGGAAUCUGUUUCUAAUUAUGACGAAGUUAGGAAUGCAAUCCUGGAAAAGCUUGUAAAAUUACGAGAUUUGCCAACACGUGAUGAAUGUCCCCUCAUUUAUCACCUGGAUGUAGCCGCUAUGUAUCCAAACAUAAUUUUAACAAACCGACUUCAGCCACCAUCAAUUGUUACCGAUGAAGUCUGCACUGCAUGUGAUUUUAAUCGUCCUGGAAAGACUUGCCUACGUAAGCUUGAGUGGGUUUGGCGUGGAGAAACAUUCAUGGCAAAGAAAAGUGACUACUAUGCUUUAAAGACACAAAUUGAAUCAGAGUUUGUUGAUGAUUCUGAGAACAACAAAUCCUUACACCGCUAUUCUGAAAAGAGGUCAUCAAAAUCUUUUCUUGACCUUCCCAAAUCAGAGCAACAAUCAAGACUGAAAGAUCGAUUAAAGAAAUACUGUCAGAAGGCAUAUAAGCGGGUACUCGACAAACCUGUUACUGAAAUUCGUGAAGCAGGAAUCUGCAUGCGGGAAAAUCCAUUUUAUGUUGACACUGUUCGCAGUUUCCGGGAUAGAAGAUACGAGUAUAAAGGUCUCAAUAAGGUUUGGAAGGGAAAAUUGUCAGAGGCCAAGGCUAGUGGAAAUUCUAUGAAGAUCCAAGAAGCACAGGAUAUGGUUGUGCUUUAUGAUUCAUUGCAACUUGCUCACAAGUGUAUACUUAAUUCCUUUUAUGGAUAUGUCAUGCGCAAGGGUGCAAGAUGGUAUUCCAUGGAAAUGGCUGGAGUAGUGACAUAUACUGGUGCAAAAAUAAUUCAGAAUGCCCGCUUGCUAGUAGAAAAAAUAGGAAAACCACUUGAACUAGACACGGAUGGUAUUUGGUGUGCACUACCUGGAUCUUUUCCGGAAAAUUUCACUUUUAAAACAACAGACCCAAAGAAGAAGUUCACGAUAUCAUACCCUUGUGUUAUGCUUAAUGUUGAUGUGGCAAUAAAUAAUACAAACGAUCAAUAUCAGACACUCACAGAUCCAAUCCGGAAAACUUAUACAACUCAUAGUGAAUGCUCUAUUGAAUUUGAGGUGGAUGGGCCAUACAAGGCAAUGAUCCUUCCUGCUUCCAAGGAAGAAGGAAUUUUGAUUAAGAAGCGAUAUGCUGUUUUUAAUGAUGACGGGACCCUUGCAGAGCUUAAAGGUUUUGAGAUCAAGCGCAGAGGUGAACUGAAGCUAAUCAAAGUUUUCCAGGCUGAACUUUUUGACAAGUUUCUCCAUGGUUCAACAUUAGAAGAAUGUUAUUCAGCUGUUGCAUCGGUGGCAAACCGCUGGCUUGAUCUUCUUGAUAACCAGGGAAAGGAUGUUGCAGACAGUGAGUUGCUUGAUUAUAUAUCAGAAUCAAGUACCAUGAGCAAAUCUUUAGCUGAUUAUGGUGAGCAGAAGUCUUGUGCUGUUACCACUGCUAGACGUCUAGCUGACUUUCUUGGAGAUACAAUGGUCAAAGAUAAAGGUCUUCGAUGUCAGUACAUAGUUGCAAGUGAACCAAAGGGCACACCAGUUAGUGAGCGUGCUAUUCCUGUGGCAAUAUUUGAAACUGAUGCCGAGGUAAUGAAGUUCUAUGUCCGAAAAUGGUGCAAGGUUUCAUCAGAAGUUGCCAUUCGUUCGAUAAUUGAUUGGUCCUAUUACAAGCAGAGGCUUAGUUCUGCAAUUCAAAAGAUUGUCACUAUUCCUGCUGCAAUGCAAAAGGUUUCAAAUCCUGUCCCUAGGGUAGCUCAUCCUGAUUGGUUGCACAAAAAGGUUCGUGAGAAGGAAGACAAGUUUCGCCAAAGGAAAAUAGUUGAUGCCUUUGAAUCAAUGAACAAAAACAGGCAGUCAAAAAAGCAUAAUGACUCAAAUCGUGUCUCUCCUGUGAUGGAUGAUGAGAUUCUCAAUGAGUUAGAGGACUUUGGAAACAAGGGUAGGAGUUCUACAUACGGACCUAGACCAAUUAUAAGGCAUUAUGAAGCUAAUAAUGAACAAAAUUCAAGGAAGCUCAGUGAUCAACAAGAUUUGGAGCAAGAGCAUAGUAAAGAUAAUAGCAGCAAGAAAAAUCGACUUUCACCAUUACAACAAGAUGAAACGUAUGAAAAUGUAGACAGAAAUGUAGAUUAUCAGGGAUGGCUUCAAGUAAAGAAGCAAAUGUGGAAAAAUAUUCUGGAAAGAAGAAAGAAGCAAAGAUUGGAGAAAUCAAAGACAUCUAAUCGCAUAAAUGGUGUUUCUGAACAAAUGAAUGGUAAGAGGAAUCUAGGAAGAAGUCAUGUCAGUUCAUAUCUUAAAAGGCUUGAGGUAGACUUAACGAAGUGUCAUUGGCAGAUAAUACAAUUAGUUCCCAGUUCACUGAUAGGCCAAUUUUUUGCUUGGGUUGUUGUUGAUGGGAGUAUGCAUAAGAUUCCUGUUUCUGUUCCUAGAGUCUUUUACCUCAAUUCAAGAUCUCCAAUUACUGAAGAAUUUAUGGGUAAACGUGUUAACAAGACUCUUCCUCGUGGAAGGCUGAAUUAUAACUUAUAUGAGGUCUCAAUUAAUGAAAUUGAAUAUGGGGAAGUAAGCAAAAAACUUGCAACUCUCCUAGCGGAUCCUGAUAUUGAGGGAAUAUAUGAAACUAAGGUGCCGCUGGAGUUUAAUGCUAUAAUCCAGCUUGGUUGCGUAUGUAAGGUGGACAAAACUGCUAAUAAACGUAGUCUUCAUGAACCAUGGAAUUUGAGUGAAUUGCACAUGAAGACUACGACAGAAUGUGUUUAUCUUGAACAGUCUUUAUCCUUCUUUUAUUUGUACCACAGUCUCUCUGAGGGACGGGCUAUAUAUGUUGGAUAUUUUCCUGCAUCAAAAGCAAUAACUGUUGUGGUGGUUAAUCCCUAUCAAAACAAAGAUUUAUCACCGACUUUUCUUGAAAGACAAUUUCAUGAUGCUUGCCAGGCUUUGUCUAUUGAGCCACCUCCGAGGAAUGACAUUAAUUUUAAGGUGGACUAUGUCGCACAUGUCAAGGAUGCUGAAACAGUGAUGCAAAGAGCAAUAAAUGGUCACAGUCACGGAAGGGAAAAUCAUGUGCCUAUGGUUGCUGUCAUUGAAUGCCCUAAUGUUCAAUUAAUAAAAUUGGGCAUCCGAGCUCUAGAUGAUUUUCCUUGUCUGAGUGUUCCUUACAAUGCACGUGAUAGUCAGUACCAGAUUCUUGGAUGGCAACAAACUGCUGGUAAAGUUGGAAUGCAACGCUGUGCUGCAUCAGUCCAAUGGUUAAAUCAAAGAAUUGCUCUCUCAAGAUAUGCUCAUGUACCCCUGGGGAACUUUGAACUUGACUGGCUCAUAUUUAUGGCAGAUAUCUUCUUUUCAAGAGCAUUGCGGGAUUGUCAACAGGUUCUUUGGAUAUCUGAUGAUGGCCUUCCAGAUUUAGGUGGGAUUAACGGCGAACAGAACUUUUUUGUUGACGAGGUCCAACAACCUGUUCUUAUAUAUCCUGGAGCUUAUAGAAACGUAACUGUGGAGUUAAAGAUACACCACCUAGCUGUAAAUGCUCUACUCAAAUACAGCCUAGUUAAUGAAAUGGAAGGAGGCACUCUAUUAGGAUUUGGUCAUGAACAUGAUUCUGGAGCAUUUUCCAUGAAUGAUCAGAAUGGUUUUGAUGAGUCUACCUCUUGUGCACAUGCCUUUCGAGUCCUUAAGCAGUUGAUCCAGCGGUGCCUAGCAGAUGCAGUGACAUCAGGAAAUGUUUAUGCUGAUUCAAUUUUGCAGCAUCUGUACAGAUGGCUUUGCAGCCCUAAAUCAAAACUUCAUGAUCCAGCUCUCCACCAGCUACUCCACAAGGUCAUGCAAAAGGUCUUCGCAUUGUUGUUGGCAGAGUUCCGCAAGUUAGGUGCUACAAUUGUAUUUGCAAACUUCACGAAGAUUAUUAUAGACACAGGGAAAUAUGAUCUGUCCAGAGCCAAAGCUUACUGUGACAGUUUGUUAAGAACUAUACAAUCUAGAGAUUUAUUUGAAUGGAUUGAGCUUGAACCGCUACAGUUCUGGUGCUCGUUGCUAUUUAUGGAUCAGUAUAACUACGGUGGAAUACCAGUAAAAUCUGAUGAAGCCAUGAAUGAUAAAUCCCAAUUAGACAUUAUAUCAAGCUGGAACAUUGCUGAAUACUUGCCAAAAAAAGUCCAAGACCAUUUUGUUUUCAUCGUUUCUCAAUUCAUGUAUAUUCCCUGGAAUUAUGCACAAAACCAAGCACAAAUCAGGGCCUCAUUUCAGGAUGGGGACACCUGUACUCCAUCAAUAAGCAUUGGAGCUGCAGCUGCUUUUGAAUCAGAAAUAACAGAAUACAUCAAAGGACAGAUUAGCUCUUACUUUGCGGACAAACUGCUAGGAAUUGUUCACGACAUUAGUCUUCAUAUGAAGGAGGUGAGCAGAUCAGAAAACAACCAGAGUAUAUCACCAGGCCCUGAAUUACAUAGAGGGGAUGCUGCCUUGGAAUUUAUCAAGCAUGUCUGUGCUGUCCUGGCCCUUGACCGAAGUGUGGAGCAUGAAGUCUUGGUGUUGAGAAAGAAUUUGCUAAAAUAUGUUGAUGUCAAAGAGUUUGCUCCUGAAGCCGAGUUUCAUGAUCCUUGUCAUUCAUUCGUCUUAUCCAACGUCAUAUGCAGUUAUUGCAAUGACUGCAGAGACUUGGACUUGUGCCGGGAUUCAGCUUUAUUAACUGAGGAGUGGCGUUGUGCUGUGCCACAGUGUGGGCAGCCUUAUGACCGUGAGGUGAUGGAAAAUGCUCUUCUUCAGACGGUAAGACAAAGAGAACGACUAUAUCACCUGCAAGAUGUGGUGUGUAUCAGGUGCCAUCAGGUGAAAGCUGCACAUUUGGCAGAGCAAUGCGCAUGUGCAGGCUCGUUUAGUUGCAAGGAAGAUGCAAAUGAAUUUCGUAGAAAGAUGCAGAUUUUCUUUAACAUAGCAUCUCGUCAGAAAUUCAUGCUUCUCCAAGAGUGUACCUCUUGGAUUUUAGAACUUAGAUAGUUUAAAUUAGUGUCUAGAAUCAGAGUAAUAGUAUCUCAAUGUCUACCAUGACAGUGUUUGUUUGACACUGCUCAAAGCAAUUCUUUUAUUCUAUUUAUCACCUCCAUCAUGUAAAUUACGUGUAUAUGAAAUGUUUACCAUGAUUAAUGAAAUAUAAUUGUUGUCAUACAAUACAAGUUCCUAAAAUCAU